GCGACUAUCGCCUUUGUGAGGGAGUCAUUGGCCGGCUGAAGUUCAAAGCCGAUUACUUUGGUAGGCAAGACACCCAGCGCUAUAUAACUAUAGAAAAUGCUUCCGGUAUGAUUAGAGUUUCAGCCAAACCAUAGUCAUGAGUGGGUCACAACAAGAACACAUACUGAUGCUGCCUUUCAUGGCACAGGGCCAUCUCAUCCCUUUCUUGCAACUGGCAAGACAGAUCCACCAUGCCAGUGGCUUCACCAUCACCAUCGCCAGCACUUCUCUCAACGUGGCCUACCUCAGUUCAGUCAUUGCCAAGGACCCUGUUCUUGCUUCAGCUCAAUCUCGUCAUCAAAUCUGCCUGGCUGCUUUUCCCUUCAAUGGUUCGGACUUCGGCUUGCCACCCAAUACUGAGAAUACGGAGGCCUUGUCUCUUAGCCAAGUGCUCCAUCUUCUCCACGCAUCAGCUACGUUGGAAGUUCCCUGCAGGCAACUUGUAUCAGAAAUCACUGCCAAAGAAGGGAAGCCCCCAAUUUGCAUAAUCUCUGAUGUCUUCCAUGGCUGGGCUAAUUGUGUGGCCGAGAGCUUCCAAACUGUAAAUGUUACUUUCUGCACCUGUGGUGCUUAUGGCAUCGCUGCCUAUGUAUCAGUGUGGCAAAACCUUCCCCAUCGGUCCGUUGGUGAUGAUGAGUUUCGAAUACCGGGUUUUCCUGAUUCAUACCGUUUUCAUCGGUCUCAGAUGCAUGGAUUCUUGCAAGGAGCUAAUGGCCAUGAUCCAUGGUCUCGGUUUAAUCGGCCCCAGCUUUCACUUUCUUUAGGCUCUUUUGGGUGGUUAUGCAACACUGCCGAGGAAAUUGAGCCUCUUGGCAUGGGGGUUCUCAGGAAAUAUACCAAACUUCCCGUUUGGGCCGCGGGGCCUCUUCUCCCUGCUGGGCUGCUUACCAAUUCAAAGACUUUAAGCCAGCAUAGUGGCAGAGAAGCUGCAAUUUCUCCUCAGAAAUGCUUAGAAUGGCUGGAUUUGCACCCUCAUGGUUCAGUCCUGUACAUUUCAUUUGGUUCACAGAACACAAUCAAUCCUACCCAGAUGAUGGAAUUGGCCAAAGGGCUAGAAGACACUGGCAGGCCAUUCAUUUGGGUGAUAAGGCCUCCUAUUGGCUUUGACAUCAAGGGUGAGCUUAGAGCAGAAUGGUUGCCAGAAGGGUUUGAAGAGAGAAUGGUGGAGAGAAAGCAGGGUUUGUUGGUGAGAGGGUGGGCUCCUCAACUGGAGAUUUUGAGUCACAAAUCGACAGCAGCUUUUCUCAGCCACUGUGGAUGGAAUUCAGCGAUGGAGAGCUUGAGCCAAGGUGUGCCGAUCAUCUCGUGGCCUCUGGCUGCCGAGCAGGCAUUCAACUCGAAGAUGAUGAUGGAGGAAAUGGGUGUUUGCAUUGAAUUAUCCAGGGGAAUGCAAAGCCCCAUAGCGAAAGAAGAAGUGAAGAGGACCAUAGAGUUGGUGAUGGACAACAAGAAAGGGAAGGGAGAGGAGAUUAAGAGAAAAGCAGGUAAGAUUGGAGAGCUCAUAAAGGCAGCAUUAACAGAAGAGGGGGGUGAUCCCAAGGGUUCUUCUCUCCAAGCAAUGGAUGAUUUUAUUGCCACUCUUGUCUCAAGAUAGAUAGAGGCUGGCACUAGGACUUGGGGCCGUAAGUUUCUUUGGGUCACGAACUUCUUCUGCCUGCUAAUGCGUAAUGCAUAUGUGUGAGGCAACAAGUGAAUUCGGAGACGGGUCGGACCCUGGCUUGUUGGAGGAAAACACGACUCUAGCCCAGUAAGCUCCUUCGCUGGUUUAGAUGUCCAUAAAAAGGAUUACUGAUUGCCGAUCGGGGGAUAGAUGUUGUCUCUCUUACGUUAAUAAAGUGGUGAUAUAUCCCUGUGCUAUGGAAGCGCUUCUUGUACUCUGAAUUGAGUUCUAUGCUCCGUGAGUAGCUGAGCUUUUUAACUUCCGGUAAGCUCUCAAGAACGCACAGAGAUGGUGCCGUUGGUGAUGGAACAGUAACCAACAGAAUAAAUUAUUUAGUAAUAAUUAGUAAAUGAAUAAAAUUCUAAAGUACGCAGCAAGAGUGUCACAAGUAAAGUAAGAUUAAAAUUUGAAUUAAUGCAUUAGUAUUUUGGGUUAAAGACAAAUUAUUUGUUUUACUAAAUAAAACUAAUUUGUUUUACAAAGUUAACCCAAGUUAUUUCCUCCAAUAUUUCCGCCAAAAGAGGCUCCAAAGCGGUGGCUGUGCAGUUUGCAGGUCUGUACGACAACGGCGCCGGUGACGUCUCCGCCACCUUCAAGUUUUGCGGCGGACAUGAGAAUUUCAGCCAAAACUGUAGAUUCAUGGCCAUGGCCGGCUCUCAAGAGCACAUACCGAUGCUUCCUUUCAUGGCACAAGGGCAUCUCAUCCCUUUCCUGGCGCUAGCAAGGCAUAUAUCCACCAAGCCACUGCCUUUACCAUCACCAUUGCCAACACUCCUCUCAACGUUGCCUUCCUCAGUUCAGUCAUUGCCAUGGGCCCAGAUCUGUCUUCUGCUCAAUCUCGUCGUCAAAUCUGCCUGGCUGCU